CCUCGGAUCCUCUUCCCUUCUGUUCUAGAGUCUCAAAUCUCCAGGUCACUGACCUCUAGGCACAGCCUCCCUGGUUCUAGGGAACGUCGCACAGCUUCGAUUUUGAAUAUAGUAAAAAUAACUUGCUUUACACCGGAGUACGGUUCUUCUCCAUACUAGCGAAGCGGACAGUCGCCAGCGAAUCACUUCGAAAAAAUCCUAGAAGUUGCCGAAAGAUCAGAUUGCCACCGACCUCCAGUGAUCCACUCCCUCCCAUCCAUGGCGUCAGCACUAGCUCACAUCGCAGGGCCGCGCGUUGGCACCGGUCGUCCAGAACUGAUGGCCGCCAUCACAAGUCCCGCGAACCAGCCCCCGUCCGUCACAUUGUUACCACCAGCCGGUAUACUCCAAUCCGUUUCAAAAAUAUCCAUCGGUUUUGUCGGCACCCGUGGUUCCAGCCACGGGUGGUCGCAUGGAGGCAAGGGCUCGGCGCGCUUAGAAGUGACGGCGAGGGCGGGCGGCGCGCGGCCGCGGCCGGCUGGUGCGCGGCCGUCGCAAAGGCCGCCGAUGAGACGGCAGCAGCAGCAACAGACGGAUGAUAAGGACGGGCCGCAGAUGAACAGUGACAUCAGGGUCCCCACGCUUCGCCUUCUCGCGGAAGACCAGAGCCUGCUGGGGAUUGUAUCGAGAGAGGAGGCGCUGUCCAAGGCCAGGGAAGCAGGGCUGGAUCUGGUGAUGAUAGCACCUGAUGCCAAGCCCCCUGUCGCGCGGAUAAUGGACUACAGCAAGUUCCGCUACGAGCAGCAGAAGAAGAAGCGGGAGCAGCAGAAGAAGGCUGCUGCCAGCCGCCAGGAACUCAAGGAACUCAAAAUGCGGUACAACAUUGACACCGGGGAUUACAAUGUGCGCCUGAAGCAAGCUCUUAAGUUCCUGCAUGACGGCGAUAAGGUGAAGCUGACGGCGCAGUUCCGCGGGCGCGAGAUGGAGUUCAAGGAGCUUGGAGUGAAGCUCUUUGACAAGUUCCAGCAGGACGUGGCUGAGCUAGCCAUAGUGGAGUCCAAAGCGCAUCUGGAGGGGCGGUCCAUGCACAUGGUGUUGGCGCCCAACAAGGCCGUGCUGCAGCGCAUGGCGGCUGCAGAGGAGAAGAGCAAGCGCGCGGCAGAGAGGAGCAAGCGGGCCGAGGCACGCGGGGGAGUUGUGUCUGGGAGUGAGAGUGAUGGGGGGGAGAGUGACGGGGAGAGUGAUGGAGAGGUGGCAGCCAGUGGGGGGGAGCAAGGUGAAGAGCAAGAGGUGAAAAACUGAAUAGGAGUUGUGUUAAACUUUGAGAUAAGUGCGCCUUGAAUAUUGCUGCAAAGGAGGGGUGAAAUACUCGUUCUGGAGGAAAGAAUGUUAUUUUGUGAGUGGAUUUUCAAAGUUGGCGGAUAAUUGUACGGUAGCUGCGCUGACCUCCACUUAUGCAUGGGUAUGGUGUUAGAUAGCAUUCUGUUAAAAUUCUUACGAUAGCACAUUUGUAA